AUGCCAAUUUGGGGGCUGGGCCUGCUGUUUCACAGGCUCAGGAAUUAUUCAGUUCUUCAAUUCAACCAUACAGAUCACAGCCAGCCUUUAUGCAAAGCAGUCUUUCCCAGCCUUCCAGUUGUCCUCUCUGGUACAGCUAUCCACAACUUCCCAGCUGUCCAGCACCAGGAACUUGCCAAGGCACAAUCAGGUCUUGCCUUUCAGCAGACUUCAAAUACUCAGCCCAUCCCUAUUCUGUGUGAACAUCAGCUGGGGCAGGCAUCAGGACUAGGAAGUUCUCAGCUUAUUGAUACACAUCUUCUUCAGGCAAGAGCAAAUCUUACUCAAACCUCAAAUCUUUACUCUGGACAAGUACAGAAGCCUGGUCAGACAAAUUUUUAUAACACUGCCCAAUCCCCCAGUGCUCUCCAGCAGGUUACAGUACCUUUACCAGCAUCCCAGCUUUCCUUGACGAAUUUUGGAUCUACAGGACAACCUCUGAUUGCUUUGCCUCAGACACUUCAGCCCCAGUUACAGCACACGACCCCACAAGCACAGGCUCAGAGCUUGAGCCGUCCUGCCCAAGUAAGCCAGCCUUUCCGAGGAUUAAUCCCUGCUGGAACACAGCAUAGCAUGAUGGCGACCACAGGAAAAAUGUCUGAAAUGGAACUAAAAGCCUUUGGGAGUGGCAUUGAUAUCAAACCAGGAACACCUCCAAUUGGUGGUCGAAGCACCACGCCAACGUCUAGUCCAUUCAGGGCUACAUCAACAAGUCCAAAGAGCCAGUCUAGCAAAAUGAGCAGCGUUGUGUAUCAGAAACAGUUCCAGUCAGCCCCCGCCACAGUGCGCAUGACACAGCCGUUUCCUGCACAGUUUGCACCCCAGGCAAAGCAGAGAGCAGAGGUUCUUCAGUCCACGCAGCGGUUCUUCUCUGAACAGCAACAGAACAAACAGAUAGGAGGCAAAGCCCAGAGAGUGGACAGUGAUACAAGUAACCCUGAAACGCUGAGUGACCCUCCUGGCACCUGCCAGGAAAAAGUAGAAGAAAAGCCACCCCCUGCACCCACCAUAACCACCAAACCUGUUAGAACUGGACCAAUCAAACCUCAGGCGAUCAAAACCGAAGAAACAAAAUUGUAAAGGCUGUGGGAU